AUGCCCUCUUUUGCCGAUAGUUUCUGGUCUGAUGAUCCAUCAGUUGGUUUAAAAACAGUUUUCAAUGAACUAUAUAAUGGUUCAGAUCAAUGUAAUCAGUUUAUACAGUUAUUUGCCUCAAGGAUGCAGUUCGAAGUGGCUUACGGUAAGCAGCUGUUGAAUCUGAAUUCUGGCAUCGAUAAAGUUAGUGACAUCCAUUCAAAAAAUACUGUUCGUAUUGCUCUAGAAGGGAUUGUCGAACAAACAGAAUCCGAAGGUAGGGAACACAUCAAUAUCGCAUCCAACAUUGAAACUCUCGUGCUACGACCAUUCAGUCAGUGGUGUGAAGAUCAUAAAGAGAGGAUAAAGUACAGUGAAAAAACUCUUUUCCAAAAUGUCGAUAAUUUUAAAAAAUCCAAGAGUUACGUUGCUAAAUUGGAAAAGGACUAUUUCAAUAAAUGUAAAAAGUUGGAAGAUUUUAAGAGAUCAACUUUCAAUGAUGAGAUGCAACUAGAUAACGCAAUGAAAACGCUUGACUUACAAAAAACUAUAGAAUUAAACAAGUUGAAAGAAAAGGAAAAUCAAAAUUUUGGGAAACUUGGUCCUAUUGAUUUCGAUUACAAGACUUUACGUGAGACUUUGAAACUUUUCCUUACCAAGUUGCCAAAAACUGAAUAUAAAUUACCUUUCAUCAAUUAUUCACUGUUAAAUACUAACAGUGGCCACGAAAUUACCAAAUUUAUUUUGGAGAUAAUGUCAUUCAAAGAUUAUGAUAAGGCUGAAAAUUUCGGUCAGGAUCUUUUGAACUAUGGUUUUCUGAAAUAUUGCAAUGGUGUUGGUAACACAUUUGUCAAUUCCAAAAAAUUUCAGUACCAGUGGAAGGACUACGCUUACAAAUUUGCUCAAAUACCAACAAAUGUUGAAGAAAACAAUGAAAAUAAACUGGAAACAUUGAGGCAAAAGUUCCUUUUUAAUAGCACAUCUGAUGUCAAUAUUGAGAAAAUUGAGACCAAAAGUACGGACGAUGCCAAAUUUACGGAUAGUGAGAAAGAACUAUUCAAAUUAAUGAAUGAUGUAGAAUCGUCAGAUUCGAGAUACUUCAAGGAAUGUAAUAAAAUGGAUUCUUUGAGAUGUUCCGUGGAGGAACUGAUGAUCGAUCAUUUGGCAUUUAUGGAAAAAUGUGAACUUGAUAGAGUGAAAGCCAUAAAGAGAGCAACAAUUGAUUUUUGUUCAGCAAUCAGCAAUAAAAUCUCCGUUUUAAAACUAUUUGUUGAUAAUAUCAUUGAUUUUGAAAACAAGAUUGAUCCUAUAGCCGAUAUAUUGAAUAUUAUUUCGAACUAUAGCACAGGUCUCUUCCAACCUAAGGCAAUCACGUAUAAUAAUUAUUACAAUCCAGGUAUUUAUCAGAACUUUGGUAUUGACCUAGAAACACGUUGUAGGUUAGAUAAGAAAAAAGUGCCAUUAUUAGUUACUGUCAUUCUUUCAUAUAUGGACAGUAUUUAUCCUGGAAUGGAAAAUGACAAAAUACGUUGCUCAAUAUGGACAGAUCCUGUUAAACUAAGUCUUACUCAUGAUCUAAGGAAUAAAUUGAAUAAGAUUCAGUUCCAAAGUGAUCAAGAAAUUUUGUCACUUUUUGAAGAGGGAGGCUGUACACCCAGUACAAUCGCUAGUAUCUUGAAAAUUUAUCUUUUGGAAUUACCUGAAUCAGUUAUUCCAACUGAAAUGGUUGAAAUUCUAUCUGUCGUAUACAAGGAAUACCCGCCACUUAACGACAUUGAAGACGAAGAUAAUAAAGAGAAAAGAGUGACGGGUGUCUUCACAACAUUAUCAUCGAUGUCCAUGGCACAUAUUGCAACUUUGAACGCUGUAAUGACACAUUUUUACAGAUUAAUCAAAAUAUUGAAGAUGGGCAAAAUCACAGAGAAAAAUCAAGAUGAUAUCGAUACUGCUAAUAACGAGGGUUCUCCAAGUGAAAGGAAAACAAAUGCCGAUAUUGUGAGCAACGAGUUAGCGACAAUGUUUACCGAAAAUAUUUCGAAGGAAUUUGCUAACUGUAUUAUCCACGCGAAGGACUUUAAUGGCAACCAAUUGGGCUAUGAAAUAUUUAAGGACCUGUUACUCAAUAAAAAGAGAAUCUUCAAAGAGCUCAAGGGGCAAAACGCCACUAACAAAUAG